GAUUGGACAUCAUUCAGCCGUUAGAACGCACCUAUUUCGCAGGCUGCUGCCACCACCUGAUGAUUUUCAGUGAAACUUCAGAGUCGAUAGCUGUGUAGACGCACGAAGCUGCAGCUCUAACUGUUUCCAAACCUCGAAGUUUCUUUAUGUCUUCCUGUACUGUUUAUGCCUUAUAAGUCCCUUCUUGGAGAGGGAGGACCAUUAACUUCGACUUUCAGCCGCAUGCGGAGACACAGAAAAGAGGAGAGAAGUUUCCGCUGUAACGGAAAUGCGACGGCGUUCCAGAAAAAAUGUGAUUCUGGGAGUUUUGCUUCUUGUCGGCGCCCUGUACUACUUCUAUCCUUUCGACAUCCUCAUGGUGAUCUCAAAAUAAGUGACAUUUUAAUGAGUUGGGCAUGACUAGAUCAUUUGAGUCGAUUCCAAAACAUUUGAGCCAGCAGGCGGAGAGGCUUAUCAGUAAGGAGUCCUGGGUGGAACAGAGAGAUUAUCUACCUCUCAAUGUGACCUACAGGUUGCUGGCUGGAGCUCCAUCUAAUCAACAGAAGUUUUUAGCUGUCGGCCUGUCUUCAGUCAAACGGAAGAAGGGUAGCUAUCUCGUCCCCACGCUGCAGUCACUCUUCUCUCAGUCUUCUCCUGAAGAGCGGUCCUCCAUGGUGGUGGUGGUGCUGAUUGCAGACUUCGAUUUUACCUGGAUAAGCAGAACCAUCAGGGAAAUCAACUCGACAUUUGCCUCCGAGCUAGAGCAAGGCCAGCUAGUUGUCAUCCAUGUUUCCCAGGAGUGGUACCCUCCUCUUACAGGUUUGAAGAGGAACUACAAUGAUGCUCCUGAUCGGGUAACAUUCCGCUCCAAGCAGAAUGUGGAUUACUCCUUCUUAAUCCACUACAGUGCAGGUCUUGGCAAAUACUACCUCCAGCUGGAGGAUGAUGUGUUUUCAGCAAAGAACUUUCUAACAACAAUUAGGAAGCAUAUUGCGGAGCAAAACAUGAAAAAGAGCACUUGGGCAAUGUUAGAAUUUUCAGCUCUUGGUUACAUUGGGAAACUCUACAAGUCCUCCAGCCUUCCCCUUCUGGCCCGCUUCCUUUUGCUGUUUUACCAAGAAAUGCCCUGUGACUGGCUGAUGACUCAUUUCAGAGAGCUGAUGACCCAAAGAGAGACCAUCCUCUUUAAACCCUCACUGUUCCAACACAUGGGCACUUUUUCAUCAUUCCAGGGAACAUACAACAAGCUAAAGGACAAGGACUUUGAGCUGGGUGUCUACACCAAUCCUUCAGCUGAGGUUUAUUCAAACAUUUCCACCUAUCAGAAGAACCUGCCCAAAUUGGCUUGGGAAGCCGGAGAGGGAUUCUUCUGGGGACGUUCUCCAGGAAGAGGAGAUCAUUUGACAGUGGUGUUUCAGGAGCCUACAGUGGUGACAGGGAUAUUAGUAGAAACAGGGUCAGGAGGAAAGGACCUUCUGGAUUCUGGUCAGGUGGAACUAGGCCAAGAGGUACUCGCUAAAGAGAAACAGAGCUGUAAAACGUUCCAGUCAUUGGGAGCUUUUAUAAAUGGAAAAUUUGAGAUGCAAGGCAUAGAUAAACUGCACAACUCUGCUUCCUCAUGUCUGAGAAUAUUAGUGACAGCUGGACAGAAAGACUGGGUGAUCGUUCAGAAAAUAAGGAUCACAACAAAGCAGAGUGCAUCCUGAUUGUUAAUUUGCCCUCCAGCCUGGUAAUGGUUAGCUUUUCAAUCAUUACACUGGUGGUGGUGAUUGGUGCUGUGUUGUUGAUCUGUUUCUGUUAUUAAAAACAUCAACCUGCCUCAGUAAAGCUGCUUCUAAUCUAAAGCAAAUGUUUGACCAAACUAGAUGUACAGUGAUCAGUUGGCAUAGAUAAGCAAGCAAAUUCAUCUGGUAGAUCUUCUCUUUUUGUGGCUAAGAGGAACAAGACUGUUCAUGUAUGCUUUUACUGUGUGAUGUGCUGGAGUUUUCUUUUUUAUGCUGCGUUUCCUCUAAUCUUUAUAUUUGUACCUGCUUUACUUGAAAGGUAAGUUUUUACAAAGCUUUUCUUGUCUCCCAUAUGGUCCUUGCAUAAGGCUUCAUAGAAGGAAACCGUUGCUACCUCUCAUAUCGGAUAAACCUUGUGUCAUUUUCUUGGACUGGGGCUUCUAUACUUUAGGCCUUAUUUAUAGGUAAAACCCUCAAUUCAACCUAGAAAGUAUUCUGAUGUCAGGUUGUGGAAGUAAUUCACUCAGGAUGAUUAUCUAUUUUGAUUUACUUUUAAUUCGAAAGUGUGUUUCUCCUUAAAUGCAUCUGGUUUUAGGGCUCAGGAAAGGCUCAGUGGAUAGUUUUAUAGUUUAUUUAUUUAGUUUGUAUGAAGGCAGGCUGGACAUUGAAACAAAUAGAGAUUUACUUAGUAGAUCAUAGCUCAGGCCGGCAUAAUUUUCUGACAAAUUCACUAUCACCCUCAAGGUAAACAGUUUCAAGGUAAUAAAUGUGUAAUCUGAAGCAAGUGCCAUUAGGAGCCAGAACCAUGUUGUCUGACCAAAGAGGCUAAAGUGAUGCGCAAUAAGCAAAUGGCUUUACCUGUGCUAAGUUGUUAGCUUGUUACAAAGCAAAAAACUGCUGUUGCUUAUCCAACUACCCAAAACCAAAUAAAAUUAUGCAUUAUA